AUGGCCACUGUCGAGCAGAACCCCGUCCAGCAGCGGAUUCCGCACACCCGCUCCGCCCGGCUAGCGGAUCAAGCUGCGACUGCCGCCCUCUAUGUCACCCAUCCGGAGCGGAGCCUUGCUCUCCGUCAACCGCCAUCGGAAUCUGACCCAGCCGUUUCAAAAGCGGCUGGAUUUGGCGUUCGGCUUAGUGAUGCAUCGGCUGCUGCCGCGCUGAUGGCGCAUGCAAGGAAGCAGGGACCCGGACUCAGACAUACCGCAUCAGUAUCGCGCGCCACCGACCGGCGAAAAACAGAGUCGUCACCGCAAGGAGGAUAUCCCUAUCAGGCUGCGAUGUAUGCUCUCAAGGAUCAAAGUUUGCCGGCAACACAUGGUAACAGGAAAAGGGCCGAAUCUGCGCCAUCCGAAGCUGCGCGUGCGAGUGUGGGUGCUAGGGCGAGUAUAACGGCGACAGAGGGAGCGGGCGAUCCCUUUGACGAUUUAGACACAGCUAUGAGAGCCAGCAGGAUUCAAAAUGCCCACCUUGAUCGAAAGCUCUUCACCGCCACGCCACCUGUGGCCCCAGAAUUGGAAGAACUCCGGCGAAAGAGUAUAUUGGAAGCAGCCUCCAUGUCGAUGGCAAAGGAUAUGUAUGGAGUUAUGGAGGCGAAAGACGGAGGACUUCAAAGUGGCACUACUACUCGCUCUCAACGGGCUGCUUCGGUUCCCACUCGAGACUCUGCGGCUUUGCGACAGGCAAGCAUGUUAAUGCUCGGCCAGGCGAUGAACCUGCAUGGUGUCGCCGAGAAACGAGCUGCUGAGAAAUUGGCUGACCUUGAAGAUGAGGCAGCCGCUUAUCGAAGCUAUUAUGGGGUUGAACCGCAAGGUACACGCUCGAGUCUUGCUCUUCGCAGACGCAGGGUUUCAAACGAAACGGACCAAUUCGAUCAGGAAAGGUCCAGGGAGAUACGAAGUCAAAUGUCCACUCUGCGGUCCAAGCUUAAUGCAGUCGACGAGAAGAGGAAUGAGAAGAGACAAAACGACCGAGCUUCACUUCUGGAACUUGCAAGAAAAAACGUCGACGCAGCGAUCCAAGAUAUGGACAAGCGUUUAUAUAGUGGUGAGGCUGAACAAUCGGUCGCCUUGCAGAAAUAUCUGGACGAAAAGGCAGCAGAGCGGGCGCAGAAGGGUAUUCGGGACAUUGGCACGCAGUACAUGCUCGCAAAUAAAGUCAAUAUCGGCGGUCGUAGGUACGUGGAUAUGUCCGAAAUAGAAGACGUGGCUCGCUCCCGACUUAAGCCUACUCUUGAUGAGAUUGAAGACAUUGCGGAAACUCAGAGAGCUCGGGAGUUAGAGGCGCGUCUUGAUGAGGAGCAGAGGCAGCGUCUUGCGGCCAUCGAGCGAGAGCGCGAAGCUGAUAUACGAGCGGAGGAAGAACAAUACCUGAGGCAAAAUGCAAGAUCCAAGGGAGAAAAGGCUUGGCCCUGGAAACGAAGAUCAAGACAUCUGCCUUCCGCUGAGUCUGGAGCAGAUCAGGUUUCUGACCAACCCACGAAAGAGGGAGCUAACGGUGCUGCUGUUGUCGCUGUGGAAGCUGCUCAUCCUACCGAACAACCCACGGAACCGCGAGCUAGCGGUGCUGCUAAUAUCCCUGAGGAAACUGCUCGUCCUACCGAGCAACCAGCGGCACAUGUGGCACAGCAAGACAGCAGUGCUGCUGAUGUCCCCGUGGAGGCUGCUCAGCCUCGACUCGAAAAGACAGCUUCGGAGGACAGCGUCUUGAGACGAGAAACGAAAUUCAAGAACUGGUUCAAAGAAAAACUUGGCCGUCGUUCCAGUGGACCGUCGAAAGAACCCAACGGAACACCCGAGCCUGCGCAGGGUACUGCUGCCAUCUCUGAGGGCGAGGGGACCGAGCAUACUAAUAUUCCUCAGGAGACGGAUAUUGGCAGAACAGAGACUGCGGAGGUACAUAGACAACCGGCGCAUGGACCUGUAAGCGAUCAAGAUCAGUCGCGCAGAGGGCCGUUGAGGUCGAACCCCGUCACGGCAGAGGACCUUAACCGUCGAGCUGGGAGCGUCUCUGACGAUAUGCGGAAGAAGCCUAGCGAGCCCACUGCAGAAGCAGACUCGAGGGGAGUUGCUGAAAGCAGCACACAACAGCAGGAGAAGGAAGACCCGGUCCACGAACUGCCUGCGCCAUCGGUUGAGAAAGUGAAGGAAGUAGACCGCGAAGACGCAGAGCCUCUGGCCCCACCCCCUUCUAUGGGGGACCUUGUCAAUAAACGCCGGGGCAGCGUUAAUAGUGCAAUUCGGGAGUCGCGCUUUUCCGAGGACCUUUAGUGGUUGUUUUUAUCUAUCUGUGCAAUAUAUCACCUUGUUGUUUAUAUUGUUUGGUGUUAUUUACUGGUUCAUUGUAUGUUCUGGGGGAGCCAUGUCCUUCUAGAAGAGGCCGAGUUAGGGCUUGGAUAUUGGUUAUCCGUUGUCAUAUUGUGUAUGUUAUUUCAGUGGUCCAUGCAUCUAGGAUGUCAACUG